AUGAUUGCCUAUCGGCAGGUGAUGCCAGUUAUUGGCAUCUGCUUCCUUCCAGUAGCAGUUGCAUAUACUGCCAACUGGUACCAUUCAAUAUUUUGUAAUAGCAUUCAAUAUCUUCUGGCUGCAUUUCGUAUCUUCUUGUUUCAUAUAAUGCCAUCUAAUAGCAUCUUGUAUCUUCCAAUAUCAUCUACCAGCAUCUACCAACAUUUACUAACAUUCAAUAUCGUCCAAUGUCUUCUACCAACAUUCAAUAGCAUCAACCAGCGUCCAAUGUCUUCUACCAUUAUCUACCAUCAUCUACCAACAUCCUAUAGCAUCUUCUAA